AUGACCUUUAUGACAAGGGCCCUUGCUGCCUUUGCUCAGCUAAAUUACAAGCUGAACAAUGAGCUCAAGCUUGCUGAUGAGUUUAAAGCUGCCAAGUCGAAGCUGGAGGCCGAGCUCGAAGAGAAGAACUCGAGAAUCAAAGAGCUCGAGGAGGAGAACUCAAGGGUUAAGGAGCUUAAAAAGUUAAAUGCUAAGCUCGAGGAGGAGAAAAAGGCCACCUUCGAUAUAAUGGAGGGUGAAAAAGCUCGCCUCCUCGAAGAAUUCAAGCAAAAGAAGGAUCGAGCAGUGGACAUGGCCAUGUACAAGAUCUGGGCCAACAAUGUCGAUCUUGAUACAAGCUUCUUGGGUACCCUUGAGGACGAGCUCUUGGCUAAAUGGCAAGCUCGGUUGGAGGCAAAGGAAGUUGAGGAGGAGGCUGAAAAGGCAAAGGAGAUGCCAGAUGCCGCCGGGGGGGACGCUCCAGCUUCCUAG